AAGUCCUUCACAACGCGGACUGCGUUUGGCUGAAUUAUUGAGACAUUCAGGAAGUCACUGAGGCCGUUACAGGUGGAAAGACAACGUGGACGAACAACGGGUGCCUCUCAAUUAUUUUUUCCCGUCGUUUUGAUCUCAUUUCUAAACUUCAUAGUACUUCCUGCUCGCCAGCUAACCGAGCUAACUUACGACUCUAACUUCUGUCAACUGUUCAGACAGCUCGCGUGACCUGCUCCCGGGAGUGCGGUCGCUGGCCCAGGCUGUCCCGAUGAAUAUUUCACACGCGGACGUGUCGGAUUUACUGAGCUGAGGACGUGACUCCGCUGAAGGCGCCCUUUGGGUUGUUGUUUUCGCUUAUUGAGGAACCUCGUCGCUGAGAGAGAGCGGACAUAAACAAUGUUUCCUGUCAAACCCACGAAACCAACUUUCAAGUGUUAUCUUCCUCCCCUGCAGACGGAUGUGAAGAAAACGAUUGAACCACCGAUUAAGAAGUUGGAACCCAAGUUACUUCAAGGGGAGAUCGUAGUUAAUGAGGUGAACUUUGUGAGGAAAUGCAUCGGUGCAGAAAGCAGCCAGGAUGACCUUUGGGGGAAGCUGAUCUGCACCAACUUUAAGGUCUCCUUCAUCCCGUCAGAAGCCCCUUCUAAACAGAAGUCCUAUUUGUCCCACCUCCUGCUUGGAGAACACGACGUCCCCCUAACCUGUCUGGAGCAAGUAGUAACAGUAAAUGAUACAAAGGGGAAGAAGAAAAUAUUGGGGUCGAAUCAGAAGCUGAAGUUCAACCCGACGGAGCUCAUCCUCUAUUGCAAAGACUUGCGCAUCAUAAGAUUCUGCUUUCGUGAAACUGGGCCUGACAGUGCCAAAAAGGUUUGCCUUGCUAUCGCCCACUAUUCCCAUCCAGCUGAUCUUCCACUGCUGUUUGGCUUUGAGUAUCAAGGGCGGCGGUACCAUGAAUCUAAAGGUCAGCGAGUCAACGGUGCUACCCCUCGAAAAGGAUUACGGACUCCUAUCUUUGACCGCCCAUCGGACUGGGAUCGGGAGAUCAAGAGAACGGGGGCAUUGGAGUGGAGAGUGUGCUCCAUCAACGAGGGUUAUGCCAUCUCUCCAAGUCUUCCAGAGCACAUUGUUGUCCCAGUUUCACUGGCAGAUCAGGAUCUAAAGAAGCACUCCAUAUACUUCAUGAAUCAGCGCAUCCCUCUCUGGUGCUGGAAUCACCCAAAUGGAAGUGCUCUUGUCCGCAUGGCCGGCAUAGGCGAUCCACUGCAGCAGAGAAAGAUCGAUCAGAAGGUCUUCACCGCCAUCACAAAAAGCCACCCACAGCGCAGUGAAGUCUUCAAGUCUGAUCUAGACAAGUGUCUGCCCAACAUCCAGGAUAUCCAGACUGCCUUUAUUAAAAUCAGGCAGAUCUGUGUCAUCGAUCCUUUCGAGGAGGCGGAGGAGAGGUGGCUCUCAUCUAUUGAAAACACACGAUGGAUGGAGUAUGUCAGGGCGUUCCUGAAGCACUCGGCUGAGAUGAUGUACCUCAUGGAAGGAAAGAACACUUCAGUCAUUCUUCAAGAAGAGGAAGACAGCGACCUGAACUGUGUGGUGUCCUCCUUGGUGCAGCUCAUGUUGGACCCUCAUUAUCGCAGCCUCAUUGGCUUUCAAAGUUUGGUGCAGAAGGAGUGGGUGAUGGCCGGCCAUCGCUUCUUGGACAGAUGCAACCACUUAAAGAAGAAUGACAAAGAUGAGUCCCCGCUGUUCAUGCUGUUCCUGGACUGCGUGUGGCAGAUGAUGAACCAGUACCCAGCAGCAUUCGAGUUCACAGAGGCCUAUCUGACAGUACUGAGUGAUAGCAUGUGGAUCCCACUCUUCAGUACUUUUCUCUUCAAUUCUCCCAAACAGCGCGCUCAGCACCUGGUGGACUUUGCCAAGAACAAAGCCAUCCCUCAAGGAGAAGACCAGGCUGUGUAUUUCCCGCCUGUUUGGGACUGGUCACAGCAGUUCUCUGCGAAAGACCAGACGCUCUUCAACAACCCCAUGUAUGUCGGCAAAGGAGCGGCCUGCGUUCAGAAUGGGGAAGUGAAAUCCUUCAGACGCACUAAGAAAAUGUACAGUUCCACAUUGCGAGGAACGCCGGCAUCUCUGCGCAAUGGACUGAAGGUUGGAGAGGAGACUUUGACCCGACGGGGCUCUCUGCUGUCGGAGCUGAAGCCCGAUUUCUCACUCGUGCGAGACGAAAGCCCGUCGGAGCGCUACUUCAGGGACUGGUUCUCUCGACCUGCUGACCAGCAGAGCCUCCUGAUUCCCAUGCUCAUGCCCUCCCACCUGGCUCUCUGGAAGCUCUUCUUCCUACGCUGGGUUCCUGAAGCCUGCAUUUCCAAAGGAGGCCCCAUCACCGCCUACCACAAGCUCUCGCAACUGGUCGAUGAAAUUGAGAUUCUGCAGAGCCAGCUCAGGCAGUAUAAAGGACCCGGACACGGCCGCUCCCCACUCCCCAGCCCAAGUGGGCCCCUCUCCGACCAAAGGAGGAUGUAUUUUAAGGCCAGCUCCCCCCCUUCACCUCCAGAUUUCCUUACUUCCUCCUUUCCUUUCACCCCAAUGGGAAACCUGUGUCGCCGCAGUAGCUAUGGGACCCCCAUGAGCAAGUUUCUGAACGGGGCGAGGAUCUGGCUCUCCACUGAGACUCUUGCUAAUGACACUCUCUGAAGCCGUGGGGCUUUAAGGCUCACUUUCCUGAGCUCAGUACAGGUUUGUGUAACAGUUAAACAUCAAUAUUUUCUGUUACCUUUGUCUCCGAAAAUGAGAAAUGGAAAAAAUAACGAAUUUGGACUUCUGAUUUCCUUUAUUAUUUAUAAGCUAGAAUUUACAUCAUUAAUGCUGCAUUGAAAUGUGAGGUAAUUUCUAAACUGAAGUGUCCUCUUUAGGAUUUCAUCAUCACUGUCCAUUACAGUUUAGGAAUUCAAAUCAACUAAAGCACAUCCUUCUUAUUGGCUCAUGAGUUGUGACUGUGAGGUCUCUUCUGACUGAGAGAUUUUCUUACUUAUUGCAUUUUUACAUAAGAUCUAUUUUCUUGUCUUCUAUAGGAGUAUUAUAUCACCCACCCAAAGAGGGCUUUUGUAAAACUUUAAUACUCAGUUAAGAGCUUCCCCUCUGCGAUUAACCUGUGAUUCAAGACACAUUUUUCAAGCAAUAGUUGAAAUGUAACUAAGUAAGUAUGUAGCAAUGGCACCACUUUAGUGGUCCGUUUGUUGAAUCCUCGUUGUUCAGUAAGAGUUUCCCACUGUAAUGGAGUUGAAAAAGGUAAUCCAAAUAGUAAUGCUUGAAAUUAUAAAUGUUUCCCAUUUUACUGCAGCAGCAAUCAUGCAUUUCAAUGAACACUGAUUUCCAAGCACUCAAAUUACAUUGUAGCUUCCAGGAAAGGUAAUUGUCAGUGUAAUAUGUUAACUAAUUUUUAUUUUAGAAAGAGGAACAGAAAGUAACACUGCUAACAAGUAUUUUACUAUGUGGUAAAAACGAAGGGGAUCUGGCCUGGUUGAAUGUAACGGGUCGUUGUUUCGAGGUUGUUGUUUUUGCACACACUUGAUGCUAUUUGCUCCAAGGUUGAGGUUUCACUGUAAACAGCAAAUAGUGUGAUUUCAGGGUCUAACUUUGUAGAUCGACUCUAUUUUUGAAGCAGAGAAAGGGGUCUAUAUUUCUAGUGUCAUAAAGAAGGUGAUAAUUAGAAGGCGAAGUGGAGCUGUGAUGACUUUAAUCUGUGGUUGAUACUUCCGCUUCUCUUUUUGACGUGGGUUUAUUCAACUUUUAUAGAGGCCUUCUGGUAAGGCACUGCGGAUGAACUGUUCCUCAAAACAGUUGCUGAAUGGGUAAAUAUUUGAAAACAAAGGGACAAACGAGGGCUUUGACUCCAAUCAGCGUGUAGUUGUAGUGAAUCUACUGAAGCUCCUGAUCCAAUGAACCAAACCACGAUGGGUCAAUGACAUGUGACCCAGAUUCAAGGCAGCACAGGAGAAAAUAUAAGCAAUACAUCCUCUGGAUAACAAGUGUCAUAAAUGCAAGAGCAAUAAUUGUUUGUAAAAGCAUCUUGUUUGUUCCAGAUAAAGCAGAGGAAGAGUGAUGGUUAGUUUUUUAUUUCAGCCGUGUUUUCAUGGUGCAGUCACUUCCCAGUGUGCGGCAAAUACUUUGUCAUUUGGAAACCCUUAAGAGUCUGUCUGGAAAGUUUACUACUUCCUAAGCUAGAGAGUGCUUUAAGACACUUUAUCUUACUUUUUACUUUUGGUGAGCAACUAGCACUGUGUAAUAUCCUCAUGUCAAAUAACAGUCUAGCAUUUAAUAUCAAAUUCCUUUUGUUAUUUAAAAUAUUAUAACAUUGGACAGACUCGACAUCUGAUUGACCAGUUUCCAUCCAAUGAUAAUCGGAUAAACUUGUGAUUCUUUGGCAAUAACUAGUUCAGGUGUUUAUUUCGAUAUCGAUGUGUGAGUGCAGAACCUGCUCUCCCAAAUGCUUUUAAUUGCACAUUUUAUUCAUAUCGAAUAUUUUGUUUUACGGUGGUUGUUAGAUAUAAUUUUGGCAAAUAUUAUAAAAACUGUAUAUGCUUGAAAAUUUCCAAUUCAUAUUUUUGAUUAAUGGUACAAAAUAACGUUUAUUCCUUAGUCUUAAUAUUUUCUGGAAAGAUAUUUGUAUGCUGUGUUUUUCCACUAAUUCACAAUGUUGCACUCUGCUGUAAUUGCAUGAUGACUGUGCUUCCACUGUGGCACAGUUUGAUAUUGAAGGGCAGCAGAUGUAUUUAUUCAGUUAUGCAAAUGUUCUCUAAGAGGAAUGCAAGUGCUACUGUACAUCCCCUGUGCCUUUUUGGGAAGAUUGACCAUUUUUGUAAGUAUAUCCUAAAUCUGUUGACUUGUUCGUUUUCUAAAACUGUUGAUUUAUCUCUUAUGUAAAUCUAGUUAAAUGCAGUGGUACUGCCACUGAAGCUGUUUCUCCUAACAAAGUAAGGCUUACAUGUGUACCAGUAACCAAUCAUUACACUAUUUUUUCAAAUGAAGUUGUGUUGUAUUCUG